AUGAUUCUACUCAUCCUAUUCGUUGCUGUUGCAUCCGCAAUGGAGUUCGUUCCAUACAAACCAAGUGAACCGUAUCGAUGUGGAAUGUUCUUACAGAAACGAAUCGAUGACAAAACACUUAAUUACUUCUAUUCAAGUAUCAGUUAUUUUCUUUCCCUCUUCUCAAAGACAUUCCCUCAUAAAGAACUUCUGAAUCGACAAGCGUUACUGGGUGACUUCGAUGCGAUUCGAGUAUCCGUUGAGACCAAGUAUCCAGACUGGUGGUCAUGGCAAAGGAACUGGAUUCUCUUCGCCGCUUGUUUACUUACGAUAGGAAUACUAGUGCCUAUCAUUUAUCUUUUGUACAGAUGUUGUGUUUGCUGUUGUUUACCUCGUUCCCAAAGAAAGCAAACAACUGAUUCACGAUAUGACGGGUGCAAAAGAAAUCUCUUCAAUGCGGUUAUGACAUUUUUGGUUUUCUUAGAUGUUUUUGCUGCUGCAACUCUACUAAUUACGGAACAACAUGCAGAAUACGGGUUGGAGGAACUUCCAAGUCGUCUGAAUUACUGUAUUGAUGAUCUAAAUUUGUACAAACGAAAUACAGAUGCGAGGAUACGAAAACUUCUCAUCGAUGACUAUCAAAUGCUUAAUCGUACCAUAGCGGCGCAACUAUCAAAUGCUGGACAUAUGAUGAUCCAAACUGUGAAGAAGCUUACCGGAGCACAAAGUGUCGAUGCGUUGAUGAAUAUAAGCAAAAGUGCUGGAGAAAUUCAUCAGAGCUUGCUCGAGACGAACAUACAAUUCAAACAACUUAUCAUCGAUUAUUCGCAAUUUGAAGUGGAAUACAGUCGUAUGCGCCAAACAUUAACCGAUGAACUGCAACAAUGUAUUAGAGACGAAACUGAUUCUGUGAAAGCGUUAUGUCACAAAGCAGAGAAAGUUCUCGAAGAAUUGGUACCCGUUCGAUUGAGAAUCACAUCGAAUACCUUUUCGGAAGAUGUGGAUACGGCUUUGGAAGUAGUGACAGCAGCUAACAUUCCACAACUUUUAAGCGAAACUGUGGAUCGUUUCACAGCGAUGCAACGUCGAUUACAAAUGGAAAUCGAUAAGAAGAUUCACUCAUCUCAAACAGUGUUGAAGCAAAUUGCGGACAGCUUAUUCGUCGUAGCCGAAAAAGUUUCCACUCAAAUCCGACAGGUCAAUUUCGACACAUUGUACGAUGUUGUAGCUCAUGCAUCUGAUCCCAAAGACAAUCCAGCAGUUAAAUAUAUACAUUACAGUCGAUGGGUAUCGUUAGCAAUCGUAUCCGUGUUCAUGCUUAUCGCUUUGUGUUUCUUGCUUGGUUUAUUUUAUGGAAUAUGUGGAAGAAGGCCUACGUUCUAUAAUGAUGAUUGUUGCGUGCGGUCAACUGGUGGGAAAUUCUAUUCGUGUGGUAUAUGGAUGACAGUUGUUACAUUUACAAUACUUUCGGCCAUUACUGCUCUUCUCUUCUUUGUUGUCGGAAAUACAUCGGAUAUCGUGUGUGGAACGUUGCGUGAUCCUCUUUCUCGACCGGAUAUAAUUGAGUUGGGCGAGCGCUACGUGGAGAUUAUACGUAGCAGAAAGAAAUCCACCGACGAUUUGUUAUCCUUACUCGGAAAUGUUCCAUUGGUAGACCUCAUACGGGCAUGCCAACGAAAUGAAACACUAUACGACGUGUUUGAGCUUGACAAGCUUUAUCACCUUAAAAGACUAAAGGUAAUCGAAAAAUCAGAGUAUGAACAACUGGAAGGGUUACUUCAGCUCACUUUUGCUGAUCUACCACCAUUCGAAUCGUUCAAUAACACCAUAUCGACGGUUUCGUUUGAUCGUUUGCAACAGCUGGCUGCGAUCGAAAUUCCUGAGAUCAGCCGUGCUGUCGUCUCAGAUAUUGAGGCUGCAAUCAAGGCGUUGGACAUAUCAGCGAAAGCAAAAACGUUCGAGAACACCAUCGACUCAAAUUGGAUUCGACCAAAAGUUGUUUCCUCAAUGAUGGAACAAAUUGAGAAGAUUGAUAUCGAACUUGCUCGACCUCUUCGUCUAAGACUUGGGAAUAUAGCGAAAAAUCUGACACUUAUCAAUGAACGGCUGACUGGGAUGAAAAUUCCAGUAAAUUCGCUGCUGGGGAAACUGCAACACUCUCAAGCAUUACUUUCAGAAGAUUUGAGGGAUAGUUUGCAAAAAGCAGCCAAACAGCAAUUGCAUGAUAUUGUUGCGAAUGUUGACGUUUACGUCGAUCAUGUAAAAUACGAGAUGCAACAUGAGGUAUCUUCAUGCACACCGGUCAUGGAGAUAUUUUCAUCGUCAACUGAAGCUGUUUGCGACCAAACCAUUGAUCCAAUGAACGGUGCAUGGAUGUCAAUGCUCGUGAGCCUGUUGUGUCUGCUGCCGAUUCUCAUUGUUUCCACUUCACUCGUUAAUCUCUACGAUAAAAUGCAUUCCUAUCCAAAAUAUAAGCUUUCCAGUGUUGUUGAAACCCCGCAGGAGCAUCAUCAAAUGUCGUCAUUUAUCACAGACAUCUAUGAGACGCGCCAAAAACCCGGCUUCUCACACUACUCUUACGGAAACAAUUAUCCUCGCAACUUCCGGUAG